UGGUCGCCUCAAGAUAAGAUCGUGAAGAUACGAAAUGCUGGUGUUUAUAUUACGGUUUGUUUUCUGUCAGUGAGCGUCCACACUAGUGUCAAGUGAAAAUGAAACACAAAAUUAAAAAGACUCACAUAGCAACUGCAGAUGUUAUAGAUCUAAGGGACUCAAACGAGAGGUACGCGAGAACAUUAAAUAAACCUUCAAACACCUUCAAUCUGACAGAGCAGCUACCUAAUGACGUUCUUUUGCACAUUUUUAGUUUCCUUGACUUCAAAGACCUGACCAGAUUAGCGUAUGUAUGCACAUCUUGGAGAAAUUUAAUCAACACGUCGCCAGGAUUAUGGCGCGAAAUGUACCUGAAGCUAACAUGCAGGCUUCAUUCUGCGCAGAACGUAAGAACUUACUGGUACGCUAGCCGGUUUGGGAGCUAUCUCCGGGAAUUGAUCAUCCAUUGUCUUCAUCAUAAAAAUAACUUCUGCAAAAACAUGGCGGUCUGCGUAAGAAAAAUGUUGCUUAAUUUACACGCAACGAGUUUGACGUCGCUAAAUAUAUUCGGCGUUAAACUUUUCGGCGUAAGUAGUCCAAUAAUGAUGAGUUUGGCUUCGAUUCUGACGCGCUUUCUGACUCGAAACCCUUGCCUGCAACAUUUCAAAAUGCCUUUAGCGUUAUGGCGAGUGACUGCUGGUAAAAAAGUUCUCAACACCGUGUUGACCGUGUGUAAGGGUACACUUGAAUCUCUGAUGAUCCACGGUUUUUUUCUGCCACCAAAGUUUGGCCAGAAACCGGCUGAUUUUGACCAACUGACCAAUGGUAUACUUUCUCUGAAGAACUUGACAAAACUGGGGAUCGACUACUUUAUUUUAAACGACGUCUUCAUUAAUGCGCUCUCCAAAUCAAAUACAAAACUAAAGAGAUUGAAAAUGUUUGACAUGGAUGUGCGGUGUACUGUGCCUAAAGUGACACAUAAUUCUUGGCGAAAUUUGACGGUAGCUAGCCCAGAAAUGCAAGUGGCGUUUUUCGGAUACAGCGUACCGGACGUGAUGAUCGCUAAGUUGGAUUCGAUACUGCCCAUCUACGACAUUCGGGUGGGUGUCGUUGGCUUCGGCCCCAGAAAUAGAACGUCUAUGUCAGCGGUCCUUAAGCACAUCACGGAAAACUUUAGUGGCACUCUGGUCAAGCUGCAGCUAGAUAUAGACACGACAGACAGAAUAGACACGGCAUUUCUACGGCUUGUUCGACAAAGUAAACAUCUGAUUCGUGUUACGGUCUCGGCGAGAUUUACUAAUUCAAAGAUUAAAAAGACGGUCUUGAAUGUGGUACGGGAGAGAAGACGUCGUCUACAUCUCGAGACGUUACCAGAAAACACCAGCAAACGAGCGAGAAAAACCUCGGUCAACGGCCAGGGUUCGAGCACCCCUGACGCAGCGGCACCGAGGGACGGUAUUUAGGAAAAGACCAGGACGAAGGGAGGGUGGGUCCAGCGUCAAGACAGGCAGACAACAGUGGGUUAUCAGGGGCGCAACUAUCAACACAUCAACGUAAAGGCGAAUCUACGGCGUUAAGAGUUAUCUACUUAAAACACAGCACGAAACAGUUGUUUAAAAUUACAUUUAAAAAAUGAGAACAAGUAAAAUAAGCAAUGUAAAAAUAGCACAUCAUGUUAGCACAACAUUUAACUUGAAAUAUUUUAUAUUUUUU